CGGUAUUGUGCAAUGGGGGUGGGGGGAAAGGGCCGCCCCCCGUCGAAUCUUUUAUGUGGCGGGAGCUGGGAGAAAUCGCUUGUGCCGCUGCUGCUGCGCGGGGCGUUGAGGCGAGCGCGUGAUUUUGCAGGCCCGGAGAAUGGGCUUCAAAGCCACGUGCGGCUCCUUCGUGGUGCUGCUGCUGCUUUGCAUCCGAGGGGGCCGCGGUGUCCCCACUUUCAGGAAGGAGAGGGGAGUCCAUCCUGACCCCGAGCUCGGCAAGCAGCCGCACGAAGAUAACCAGAGCUUCCAGUAUGACCACGAGGCUUUCCUGGGCAAAGAGGAAGCCAAGACUUUCGAUCAGCUCACGCCAGAGGAAAGCAAGGAGAGAUUGGGGAAAAUUGUUGAUCGAAUCGAUGAUAACAAAGAUGGCCUUGUCACAACAGAAGAAUUGAAAAAUUGGAUCAAGCGGGUGCAGAAACGCUACAUCUUUGAAAAUGUGGCUAAGGUCUGGAAGGAUUAUGACCUCAACAAAGACAAUAAAAUUUCCUGGGAAGAAUACAAACAAGCCACGUAUGGCUAUUACCUAGAAAAUCAGGAAGACUUUCAAGAUGCCACUGAUCAGCACAGCUUUAAAAAAAUGCUGCCUAGGGAUGAAAGAAGAUUCAAAACAGCUGACCUGGAUGGCGAUUCAGCAGCCACUCGGGAGGAGUUCACAGCUUUCCUUCAUCCAGAGGAGUUUGAGCACAUGAAAGACAUUGUUGUUCUAGAAACAUUGGAAGACAUAGACAAAAAUGAAGACGGAUUUGUGGACCAAGAUGAAUACAUUGCUGAUAUGUUUGCACAUGAAGAUGGUGGUCCAGAACCUGACUGGGUAAUAACUGAACGUGAACAGUUUGCGGAUUUUCGUGAUCUAAACAAGGAUGGGAAGAUGGAUAAAGAAGAGAUCCGACACUGGAUCCUCCCACAAGACUAUGAUCAUGCACAAGCUGAAGCCAGGCACUUAGUCUAUGAAUCAGAUGUUGAUAAGGAUCAAAUGUUAACCAAAGAAGAGAUCCUAGACAAUUGGAACAUGUUUGUUGGAAGUCAAGCUACAAAUUAUGGUGAAGACCUCACAAAAAACCAUGAUGAGCUAUGAUAUUACUUGGAAAGCUAAGACACAGACUCGGGGCUGGUUUUCUGUACGUUACCAAAGUAACUAUGGUUUUGGUUUUGUUCCAGUUCCACCCCCCACCCCACCCCACAGCGCAAUUCUAGUAGCACCAUUCAGUGCAACUGCUAUCACCUUUUGAACUUCAUGUGUAAAUUUCCAUGUAAGAACAUGAAAUAACUUCCCAAAAUACAGCUUUUGGUAUAUUCACAUCUCAGUUCAAAAUACGUGCACUUGGACUUUUCACAGACAUAUGAGAGACUUGGAAGCAAAAUGUGGGAUCCCCAGAAUAGCAUGAUACACUUGUUACUGGGUUGUGCUAUUUCACAUUGUGAGUUUACAUUAUGAAUACACAGUGAUGUAAAUAGCCUCACACAUUGAAAACUAACAUUUCAAGGAUUGAAUAGAUUAGAAUUUCUCCCUGAUGUGCUGGCUUUCAAGGGUUUUUUUCAUGUGGUGGAACAUUCAAGUAUUUGAUUCCCCAGUAGAGUCCAGCAACAAAUGAGGAGUUAUUGACUGUGUACACCUGCCUUUUAUUCCAAGUAAGUGUGCUUAGAUUGGAGGAACCAGGAGCUUGUUGUUUUCCUCAUCAGCUGAAAAAUGGCCUGUGCUCUCAGCAGUGGUGAAGGGGUAUCACGUAACACCUGUUCCCCUUUAGAUAGAUAAAUUCAUAGAACUCACUGAGAGCUCUUUUUGGAUUGGUGUGUUGGACAUCUUUUUGGUUUUGUGGAAAUAUAGCAAAGAUAAAGCCAGCGGAUUUUAAAGGGAAAAUUCAUAUUUAACCAGGACUAUGAAAAAAGAGUAAAAUCUAGAACCACUACUUCUGUUUUGCAAGUACAAAGAGAAAUCUAGAAUAUGUGAUGUUUAUUGAAAUUAUUUCUCCAUCUGAAAUGGGGUUAGUGGUUCUGAAUGAUUUGAACAGUGGCCCCGGUGGUGGUGGGGAGAUGAUUAGGAAGCAGUUCUUUGAAAUCUUGACAUUAUGCAUAGCUUGGAACAGCUGUUUUUCACUAAGGGUUGGUCAAAUAAAAAUCCCCUAUAUAUGGUGGGGUGUAUGUGGAACAUGCUAACAUCUGAAGCCAACUAUCAUUCCAUUUAAAAAAUCAAACUGAAGUUGGAAGGAGUGUUAGAACUGAAUAAAUUGUGCUAAUCCUGCCCCCACCCCCAGCAUACCUUGGAUUGGAUUCUAUAAUUUAUAGACACAAGGGUCAGGGAUUUCCCCUCCCCCUCCUCAGUUCCUUCUGACCUGUAAAAAUUGAUUUCGUGGGUCUUGACAUGCAUAUAGACUAAUAGCCACCCAGGAUAGGGGAGACUGCAUUGAGUAGGGGAUGGGGCAACAUCGCUCUGUUUUCCUUUUCUCCCAAGCACUAGCUCCACUGCUGCAGUAGACAGGAGAGCGAUUUUUCCCCUUCCCCCUCCUCUGCAAUGUUCUAACCUGCUUUGUGGAUCCCAUAACUCCAGAAAUCAAUAUUUCCAGGUGCAGGACUGCUGGUGAAAUGGGAGUCUAGGAAGGAUUCAUGAUUUUCAGUGGCUUUCACUGACAUUUCAGGAUCCAUGUUCUUGUGCAAUCUGUGACUUCCACUUUUUAUGCACAUUUCCAUACAUAUAUGGAACUUCUCUUUUCUAACAGCUUCACCAGCCUCUGUGACGUAUUUCUGUUCAAAUGCAUACCUGGGGCAUUUUCUAUUUUCUAUACCUGUCAUACAUUUUAGUAAAGCAAUGCAUUUCAUUUUUACAAUGAGAUUUUGCUGAAGUGUUUAUUCCAUGUGGAUAAUGGUAGUUCCACAGUGGAAAGAAAAACUUAACCCGUUUCCAAAUUCAGCCUUUGCACUUUCUUGUAUCUCGCAAGGAGAAGCUGUUUGUGGCACAAAGUUCUGAGCUUGUUGUGUGUAUAUACAUAUAGAGAGAAAAAGAUGCAUUGCCACUUUAAGGAGAUCUUCUGCUAUCAACUAAUACAAGUUUUUAAGCUUUGCUGUAUUUCAUAAUGUUUAUGAGCUGUUACAUGUAUAAAAGUGUUUUUACCUGUAUUGACUUGAAUGUAUGAAUAAUAAACAUGUAGCUGUCUUUUGGA